CUAAGACACGGCUCACACCUCUUCAAACACAGUUCGAACGAGGGUGAUCGAUGUUUACAUGACUCUCGAGACAGAUCUACAUUAAGUUAUUCCUACUCCUAUGGAGGUUCUGAGAGAGCUCCAGAUCUACGACUACGGCUAAAAUUGCAGAGGAAAGGAUAAAGGGAUAAAAUUUGACAUAGUGUUGUCUGGUGUGAAUUUGGC